CUAACGUGUAUGCGCAGGCGCAGUGGCACUUCGCACAACCGCAAUAAGCAAACAUGGCGGCGGCCGUCGACAGUGUUGUGAAAGUGCUGGGAGAGCAGUAUUAUAGAGAUGCUAUGGAGCAGUGCCACAGUUACAAUGCUCGUUUGUGUGCUGAGCGCAGCAUCCUCAUGCCUUUCCUCGACUCUCAAACUGGUGUGGCCCAGUCCAACUGUUACAUCUGGAUGGAGAAGAGACACCGGAGUGCAGGUGUAGCUCCAGGGCAGUUAUACACCUACCCAGCCCGUCGCUGGAGGAAGAAGCGGCGUUCCCAUCCUCCUGAGGAUCCACGCUUAGCUUUCCCCCCUCUGAAAGCAGGUAUCGCUCCAGGUGGAACAACUUUACUACCAUCAAAAAUAGAUUUGGAGUUGGGUCUGAAGAGAGAUGCGUUGGGAGCAGUGGAUGGCAGCAGUCUGGAGGCCCUGCUGAAGGGGGAGCCCCUUGACAGGAGGAGCGGAGUAACGGAGGUCCGUCCUGAGGAUGAUCAGGCAACUGUGGAGCCUCCUGCCACCUCAACGACCACUCACACAUCCUCUGGGCGUAUCCGCAAGAGAGUCCUGGACCACGAUGACUACUUGGACGACCUGGAUGACGAAGACUUUGAGGACGAGACCCCCAAGAGACGAGGCAAGAGCAAGUCCAAGGGUCGCAGUGACAAGAAUGGCAAGAAAAAACAGGAGGCAGCAGCUGCAGCGCUGGAGGAGCGGGACAAGCCGUACGCCUGCGACAUCUGUGGGAAGCGCUACAAGAACCGUCCUGGCCUGAGCUACCACUAUACACACUCCCACCUGGCCGAGGAGGAGGGCGAGGACCGCGAGGAGAUCGAGGCACCACCCACUCCUCGCCAGCCUGAGGAGCAGAAGACAACUAAGAAGGGUCCCAAUGGUUUGGCACUGCCCAACGAUUACUGCGACUUCUGUCUGGGAGACUCUACCUUAAACCAGAAGACUGGCCAGUCAGAGGAGCUGGUGUCCUGCUCAGACUGUGGACGCUCAGGCCACCCAACAUGCCUGCAGUUCACACCAGUGAUGAUGGCUGCAGUGAAGACCUACCGCUGGCAGUGCAUCGAGUGCAAGUGCUGCAACGUUUGUGGCACCUCAGAGAACGACGACCAGCUGCUGUUCUGUGAUGACUGCGACCGAGGCUACCACAUGUACUGUCUAAGUCCCCCCAUGACUGAACCACCAGAGGGGAGCUGGAGCUGUCACCUGUGCCUGGCUCUGCUGAAGGAUAAAGCCUCCAUAUACCAGCAGAACCAGAGCUCCGCCCCUGAGUGACAUCAUAUCACCAACUCCUGCCCCCUCAGUACCGGGACCCCACCCCCGAUGGAAAACGUCAGACCUCCUCUCAGUCCGGAGCGCCACGCUCUGUCCAGAUGUAGCUGAGCCAGAUCGCAGAUCAGCUUUAGAAGUCUUAAUAUCUACAGCGUCAGUGUGGGGGAUCAAACUAUCACUACCACCCUGAGGCCUGCCGUCAAACACAUACAUAUUGUGCGUAUAUACAGUGUAGACACACACUCUCUCCUGGACUGUUACACACACUAGAUACAGAGACAGAGAGCAUGCAGUAACCAUAGCGACUGCUGUCUCCAUGGGAGCUCCCAGGAGCAAAAAUGGAUUAGCAUCACAGCUAAUUAUCUGCAACCUUUCACACUCAAAGACACAGUGUGGACUGUCGAGACAACACAGUUUCUUUUCUGCCAAAUUAUCUAUUUUUGCUCCCCGGGUGUGGGAGAAAGAAAAUUUCACCACGUAUACGGCCGAGGAAUAUUAUUAUUAUUAUUAUUAUUACUAUUGUUAUUGUUCUGGUUACUAGUGGACUUUUGUAGUGGCAUUUGUCUGUGUACUUUUGUCUGAUUGGAGCGUUAAUCUUUUCAAGAGGUUUCCCUGAGGGGAGCCGGUCAGUGCCAAGGUCCACCACCAUAUAAAAAUACACACAGCAAUGACCCAUGUGGCUUAUCAUAAUCACAAAAAAAAUCAUCUUUGUUUCAUUUUAAAUCGGAGGGACAAAGACGGUAAAACGAAGACGCUGAGACUUUGCCUCGUUAAGGUGUUAGCACAAAAUCUUUCUCCUUCACGAUCGCUGAUUCUGUUACUUAAACCAAACACUAUACAGCCGAGCACAUACUGUAAUUUGGGCUUGUGAGACGAAACAUUUUAGUUUAAUGCUGAUCUACAACGUUUCUCCAUCAGACACUCUUUUAUUUUGAAAAACCUGACUUUUGAUAAGUCAGAUAAUGCUGUUCUCAUCGGGGGAAACUCACUGCUGUAAGUCCAUUGAACUAGUAAUCCUAAAGGUGCAUCGUCUUUCUCAAAGAUUGUUUUGUGCUAGCGUUUUAGUGACAUCAUCCUUGACGAGUCGUUUUUCAUACAGCCGCUGUCAUGGCGACGACACACGGACUCAUUUACAAACUGUAGCUGCUUUUAUCAUUUGUCACACUGAGGCAGAUUUGCAUGCAGAUUGCACCUGUAUGAAUGAACACACACACACUCACAUAACAAGUGUUUUUUUUGUCCGUUUUUCUUUUCUUUUUCCAUUUGUUUUAUUGUUUGUAUUUUUUUUUUGUAUUUUUUUUUUUUUACAUUUUAUAUUACCUGAUAUUCCAUUGGUACUGGGAGUUUUUUCUAGUAGAAUUUUGUAAAGUCUAUGGUAUAGCAAACACUUCAAGUAUAUAGCUACUAAUGCAUUCUAUGUACUGUAUCGACUUUUUCUAUUUUUGUUAUGACUGUGACAUGUUUGGAUUUAUUUGAUUAUUCUGAUAUGUCAGACCUCCAUUAUGAGUAUUUGUAAAAUGAUGUACUUUGUUGUACUAUUUUUAUUUUUACAUUUCUUUGUUAUCGAAGCCGAUUUAGCCUGACUGAAUUAAAAAAAUCACUUUGAA